AUGCCUUCAGCGAGAAGAGGAGAGAAAUGGUUGCAACAAGAGGCGCUCGUCGCCGAACAGGCCCGUUUCCAGCGAGAAGCAGAAGAACAAGCCCCUUUACAGAGAGAAAUAGAAGAAAGAACCGCGACUGAGUCUUCUGAACAAGAACGCCUCCAGCGAGAAGAGGAGAGAGUAGAAGCUGAGCAGGAACGUCAGACAGAAGAGCUAGCGGCCGCCGAAGCAGCUGAGCAAGAACGGUUACGACAAGAGGCGCUCAUUGCUGAGCAGGCCCGUUUACAGCGAGAAGUAGAAGAGAACGCUGCUGCUGAGGAUGCACGUCGACGCAAAGAAGCAGAGGAAUGGGCGGCAAGAGUUGCCGAGCAGGAACGGUUACAGCAAGAGGCUCCAGAGCGGUUUCGUUUAGAAAGAGAAGCUGAAGAAAGAGCUGCCGCCGACGUGGCUGAACAAGAGCGUGUCCAGAAAGAGGAAGAAGACCGGGUAGUAGUGGAAACUAUCGAAUAGGAACAACGACAAGCUGAAGAUGAGCGCAUUGCGCAGAUACUGUCUUUUUUUUGACAUAGUUCGCUGAGUUUUUCCAA